AUAGCUUCUAUUUUUCUAGCCUUCUAAAAGUUUGACAACAAUGCAAGUAAACAAACAAUAUCACAGAUUCUUAUAGUAAAUCUGAAAUAAUUUGCAAGAUGAGUGCAAACGCGUUCAGCUUUGAAAUAAAACUAAAACGCGAAAACAAAGUGUAUUAUGAGAAUGAUAUGCUUGUGGGCUGCGUGCAGUUCCAUUGUCCGUCGGAAACCAAGCACGAUGGAAUACUGCUGACCCUCGAAGGCGUUGUCAACUUACAGCUGAGUAGCAAAACCGUUGGAUUGUUCGAUGCAUUCUACAACUCGGUGAAGCCAAUCAAUUUGUUGCAGAAUAGUCUGGAGCUGUCGUCACCCGGCAAACUGAGUGCCGGCAAUUCCGAGUUCCAUUUUGAACUGCCGCUGGUGUGCAAGAAGGAGCCGCGUAAACUCUAUGAGACCUAUCACGGUGUCUUCAUCAGUAUCAACUAUCAGCUCAAAUGCGAUGUGAAUGUGAAGCGCAACUUUCUCGGCAAAUCGCUGCAGAAAGUGCAGCAGUUCUGUGUGCAAUACAAACCAGCUCCUCUCAGCGAGGAGGCAACCCGUGCGGUGCCGUUCAGCCUGAGCAUGAUCAAUGCCAAGGAUCGGGUGACAAUGCCACGUUUCCUUAUUACCGGCUGCUUGGAUCGCAUCGAGUCCUGUGUCACGAUGCCCAUCACGGGCAGUCUGACGGUGCAGCACACCGAGGCGCCCAUCAGGUCCAUUGAGAUGCAGCUGGUGCGCGUGGAAACUUGUGGCUGCGACGAGGGCUACUCCAAGGAUGCCACUGAAGUGCAAACUAUUCAAAUUGUCGAUGGAAAUGUGAUGCCCAAGCUGGAAAUACCCAUUUAUAUGGUGCUGCCGCGUCUAUUUACAUGCCCAACUCUUCUAACCAAAAACUUUAAAAUUGAGUUUGAACUGAACUUGGUGGUGUUGUUCAAGGAGGAUCACAGCGUCAAUGAAAAUUUUAAAAUAGUUCUGAAACGAGCUACAGGUCCGCUGCCCAAUAAAAUAACUACAGCUGGGCGCUGAAAACCAUUGAGCAUAUUUACCGGGGUGAAAACAAAAAGAUUUUAUAUAUUCCAAUAUUGUCCAAUAUUGACUCGAAUUUUUGUGCAGCUGGAUUCAAAUUAAGUACGGCUUAUAGAAUUGAUAAAUAUAAUUCCAAUAUAAAUA